AUGUCUCACCAACAACAACACACUCAACAACUUGCAGAGACUUUUGACCUUGCCCGAAAGUGGUACGAAGAAUCGAGAUCUUCCACUGCACCUCAUCAUGGAUGGACCAAGUACAAAACCACUGACGAAGGAGCACAUUAUUGGGUGAACAAGGACAAACAUGAUUAUUGGGUAUUUCAAGGAGAAAUGUCGAAUGUCACUGUUUCAAAAAGCGUUGCUUCCUCUCCUCGAGACAUUAUCCACUAUUUGGAGUUGGAAGAGAAGAGGUUGUUGUGGGAUGAAGAGCUUGUGAAGAGUGAACGCAUUCCUUUCGGAUCUUCAUCAUCGAGCGUGUCAUCAAUUCAUGAUGAAGAAGACUUUGGAGCUUUCUAUCGAGUAUUCAGCUCAGGAUCAAGAUUAAUAUCCAAUCGAGAGUUCGUCAUUUUGAGAAAUAUUUACAAAGAUCCAACACAUCAGGAUAAUGUUUUAUGGCUCGUGACAAAAUCGGGAUAUGAAGUACCUGGCUACGAGCAUGACAAGGCUCCCAAGAAUUCAUUCAAUGUUCGUGGAGUGGUUCAUUUGACAGCUUGGAGAAUUGAACUUGUAAAAACAGAAGGAGAGAAUGCAUAUUUCAAUCUCUUCAUCAUGACUCACUCAGAGCCAGGUGGAUGGGUAAAACCUUCCAUGUAUAAUAACGGAGUUGGUGAUCGGCCAUGUGCUACUGUGUUGAGAUUGGUCAAGCAUUUGAAAGGUUUAUCCAAAUAA